UUUUACCAGUUCCCAUCCGUUUAGCAUACGCCUCCUCCGUCCUUUGGAGGAGGGCGGGGCUAAAAGGGAGAUGCUGCCUAGUGAUUCGUUGUGGCGCAUUAGUAACGCGACUACAGGGAGCUGGAAACAGUUCAGUCUUUGAUUGGUUGCUGAGAGGCGGGGCUACUCGACUACUCUGGAGGUAGCGGCCGCGGUGAGGAGAGCCAUGGGACGGGCAGUCAAGGUUUUACAGCUCUUUAAAACACUGCACAGGACCAGACAACAAGUUUUUAAAAAUGAUGCCAGAGCAUUAGAAGCAGCCAGAAUAAAGAUAAAUGAAGAAUUCAAAAAUAAUAAAAGUGAAACUUCUUCUAAGAAAAUAGAAGAGCUAAUGAAAAUAGGUUCUGAUGUUGAAUUAUUACUCAGAACAUCUGUUAUACAAGGUAUUCACACAGACCACAAUACACUGAAACUGGUCCCUAGGAAAGACCUUCUUGUAGAAAAUGUGCCAUAUUGUGAUGCACCAACUCAGAAACAAUGAGUUUUCUAGAAUACAACAAGUCUUUGUACUUUUUAACUUUAAAAUCUACAACUCUGGCAAAAGUCCUGGAAAUGCAGACAUUUUCCCUGAACUGGCAUAUUGAAAAUGAAUGAGUUACAGAAUAGCUUCAUAUUUAAAUUUCAUGUUAAAAGGUCAUUACUGAGAACUAAAGAACAUAAAUAAGUAUUUCUGAAGGAAAUUAGAUAAGAAAACAUUUCAUUUUCAUUGAAAAUCAAAUUUCAUAAAGCAAAGUAAAUGCUUAGGGAGAUAUAUUCAAUCUUUGACCUUGAUGAGUAUUUGAUCUUACCAUAGCUAUUUGAGAAUGUGGUGCUUUUACAAAUUGGUGAGUUUUCCUGCCAUGUGAAAUGCAAUUAUUACAUUUAAAUUGUUAGAUUAAAAUGAUAUUUAGUCCUGAAAAAUAUUAAAUUGGUCAAAAAAAUCACAGUGUAUGCCAGCUCUCUUCAGAAAGUGGCCUUUGUUUUCUAAAGCACUGGGAUUAUUUCUGUAGCUAAUAUAUAAUUGUACAGUUUCUUUUUAGAGAUAGAGAGUAUCUCUGUGUUCUUAUGAAGACACUUUUUAUCAGUUUUCUGAAAAUAGAUGAAUAAAAUAUUAUAGUCACCUAGGGUCACUAUGGAAUGAAGAAAUCCUAGUUUAAAGAGGAAAUAGUGGCCCUUGAUCAAACUAUUUAAUAUGGCCUUAGUAGAAUUAGCUGUAUUUAGACAAAGUUAGACUUUAGUGUGAAAUGUAAUAGGUGGCUACAUUCUCUUCGUUUUGAUUAAUGAAACUUAAAUGGCUUCUCUUCUUCCACAUGUCCUGUCCUUGACAAGAUGGGCAGUAUCACAAAAGGUCCUGGCAUUCUACCAUCUAACACUAGGAACUGUAAAAUCCUGUUUAAUAUUCUUCUUGUUUCUCUUUUAUCUGUGUAUCUUUGCCAUUCUAUUUUCUCAGUGAAUAGUAUGUUUUCUCCCAUUCACUGAUAAAUUCUCUCAUUUGAUGAUGAUACAAGGUUUUUAAUUUUUGCAAGAUUCUCAAUGCAAGCAUUGUUAUGUAUCUAGAAAUUAUACCUAGAGAAAAAUGAAAGUCGUUUCAAAUUUGAAAUUUGCCCUUUUAAGAGAAUGCUGAAUGUCAUCACAGUAUAUAAUCACUAUAUAAAUGUGCUGACUUACAGUUAUUUUAGUGUCUAUAUGACAUAUUUUGAGGAAAGUUGGCUGACGUUAUUUAAAUUUAAUAUAUAUUCUAUAUUUUAGUGUUAUUGAA